GCUUACGCGCUGGAAGGGAAUCUGGAACUGGAGCUGGUGAGAACCGCCUGCAUGUGCAAAGUGGUGAUCUGCUGCCGGGUGACUCCGCUGCAGAAGGCCCAGGUGGUGGAGCUGGUGAAGAAAUACAAGAAGGCUGUGACCCUGGCAAUAGGAGACGGCGCCAACGAUGUCAGCAUGAUCAAAACUGCUCACAUCGGGGUUGGUAUCAGUGGCCAGGAGGGGAUGCAGGCAGUCUUGUCCAGUGACUUCUCCUUCGCACAGUUCCGUUACCUGCAGCGCCUGCUCUUGGUCCAUGGCCGGUGGUCCUACAUCCGCAUGUGCAAGUUCCUCAAAUACUUCUUCUAUAAGAAUUUUGCCUUCACAUUACUGCAUUUCUGGUAUGGCUUCUUUUGUGGCUUCUCAGCACAGACUGUCUAUGAUGAGUGGUUCAUUACGCUUUACAAUUUGGUAUAUACCUCCCUCCCGGUGCUAGGAAUGAGUCUCUUCGAUCAGGAUGUGGAUGAUCGCUGGAGCAUGCUGUUUCCUCAGCUAUAUGUGCCGGGCCAGCAAAACCUCUAUUUUAACAAAAUGGUGUUUGUCAAGUGCAUGUUGCAAGGGAUCUACAGUUCCCUCAUUCUCUUCUUCAUCCCCUAUGGGGCCAUGUACAAUACAAUGAGAAGUGAUGGGAAGGCCAUUGCUGACUACCAGUCCUUUGCACUGAUGGCCCAGACCUGCUUACUGAUUGUGGUGUCUGUACAGAUUGGCUUGGACACCUCUUACUGGACAGUUGUGAACCAGUUCUUCAUCUGGGGCAGCCUUUCUGUUUACUUUGCUAUCACCUUCACCAUGUAUAGUGAUGGCAUGUACCUGAUCUUCACAGCCUCCUUUCCCUUUGUUGGUACGGCUCGAAACACCCUCAGCCAACCAAACGUGUGGCUAGCAAUCUUCCUCAGCAUCACCCUCUGUGUGCUGCCUGUAGUUGGCUUUCGAUUCCUGAAGGCUCAGUUAAAGCCAACUCCUAGCGAUAAAGUCCUGCUCAAGAUCAAAGAAGCCAAAAAGAGGCCACCUCCGCCCUCACCCAAGAGACGCCUACGUCGGACCAGCACCCGCCGCUCCGGCUAUGCCUUCUCCCAUCAGCACGGCUUUGGAGCCCUCAUUACGUCUGGGAGAAACAUGCGGCCAAAAUCACCUUUUGGCACAACAGGAACAUUUUCACCAAAUAGUGACAAACAUAAACACAAAGGACUGUAA